AGUCAAUGGAGUGGGACGUGAGCGUUGUGCGAGUGUGUUAAAAGGAAAAGUGUUAAGCGGAACGAGAUUUUUUACCCCUUCCGAGGAUUUAUUUCCCUGAAGAUAAAGAAGUGGAAAGCAAAAAGUGUUGUUCAUAACUGCACCAAAUCCCCCCGCUGCAAGAUGGCACCUUCCCCCUGUCUACCAACUGGCCAAGCCGAGACACUGCCGCCACUACCGAAGCUUAAAAGACUGUCAAGUUUUCGUAAGAAAUUACCAUCUCAGGCAACAAACCAAGCUCGGAAAGGAAGAUGUGUUCCUUGCGUCGACACAAAAUCCUCGGUGUCAGGGCAAAUGGCAUCAGAUCUUUCCACAGAAGCGCAUGGAACAACGCCAAGCCUCACAAUACCUCACAGGAACCACACAGAGCAAGUGAUGCAUACUAAGACGUCACAUAUGCAACAAAGGAUUCUUCCAGUUAGAUCAGAAGACUCUCUAAAUUCAACUGGAUAUUUAUCUCCCUCUGGGAAUGCCACACAUCAUCUUUCCUCACAUCAUGCAUUUCCAUCAACACAGCAGGAAAAACAGCCAACGCCCACAGUACCUCAGAGGAACCCCAAAGAGCAAGCGAUGCAUACUAAGGCGUCCUACAUGCAACAAAAGAUUCCUCCAGUUGGAUCACGAGGAUAUUUUUCUCCCUCUGGGUAUGCCACAAAUCAUCUUUCCCAACAACAAACCUUUCCGUCGACACAGCAGGAAAAACAACAGAGGUUCGACUCAAGUCACAAUGUAUCCUCACAGCAUAACGAGUGGAAGAGACAAAUGCAACUUCAGCAUUCCCAGGUACCUCAUCCUCGCCACAGGAAUGAUAAUUAUAGCUAUGGGAAAGAUUACAGGUCUAGCUUACAUAUGCACUACUCAAAUUACAGUCAGCACUUCGGAAAUGCUGGUCAACAAGCACACGAAGCAGGAAGGGAGGAGUCCCAUCAGUCACGUCUUCCACACCAGAUGCAUCAGUUUUCUAGACAGGGAAUGCCUCAAGCUCCUAUGCAAAUGUGUCGGCAAAAUGGACCAGGCUUGCAGUACCAGUCACAAAUAGAGGUAUACAAUCAGCCAAAUCAGGGUCGUAUGCAUCAGCAUUAUAUGCAAAUAUACCAGCAAAAUGGGCAGAAACAAUAUGACCCAGAUCUGCAAUACAAUGGCAGACAUCAAGUACAAAUGAGAGAAAAACAUCAAAUGUCACAAACGGAAGAUAAUACUAUGAUUGUGAAGGCAAAACAAACUCAGUAUCGGGACUAUAUUCAGCAGUGGCAAACACAGUUCAGGCAAUCCAGAGGAGAGGAAGAGAAAGAGCUGCCACAACAGACGAAUCAACAACUCCAUAAUCAACAAGGCGUAAGUGGUAGAUCACAACAUUUGGAAGCUAUUCGUCGACUGCUGUAUUACAAAACCCUGGAAAAGGCAAACAAAUUUUCUCCCAAAGGUAACGCUAACGGUGCUGCUUCUCCCGGUAUUACUCCCCAGGACGAAAAUACUCACAGUCCUCCGAAUCUCCUCAACGCUUAUCCUCAAAGCCAAAUGGAUCCUCCGCCAGGAAAGACUGACGAAAACCACACGCAACAUCAUCCCCAGACGAGCAAUGACAUCGCCUUCACUCCUUCGUCUGUAAGUGAGAACCUGGAACAGACCACAAUGGUUGGAGGCCACACACUUAUCUCAACAGAAAAUUUCUUAUCUUACCUGAAGACGUCAGCUGCAGAAGAAGACAACGGAGGUAAUACUCGUCCACACGGUAGCUCGAGAGUCAAUACUAAAACUGGCGCUUCGGUCAGGUUUAUUGACCUCAUUGAGGAUGAUGAAUGUAAUGAUGGGGAGGACGCUGUAGUCUCCCCGCGAAGAUCCUCAGACCACGAAAAAGAAAUGGAUCACUGUGAUGAAUCAGAAAAUAUUGCACAGCUCGGUUCUUCAUCUCCCGUUUAUAAACAGGUUGACCCAGCACCAAGAGAAAAUAACGAAAAAGAAAUAGGUAAACAUUCCGAGUUCGAAAAUAACACAAUACUCUAUUCUUCCUCUCCCGUUCACAAUCAGGAAGACCGGAAUUUGCACAUCAAUUACAUCUUAAAUGAUGACUUGCAAAGAGAAAAGGAUGAAGGAACUCAAUCAUCAAACACCUCAUCAGGUACCGUGGAAAUAGGUAUACCUCAGUGUGUCUCCUUUCCGUCCGCAGAAACUCCUCCACAAUCCGACAGUUUCCAAAAUGCAAGUAUGUUAGACACGUGUGUAAAUGAUCGUUUAACACCACCUGAUAGCGAUCCUCCAACACCAGAAAAACAUGAAAAAGAAACGGAUAAAUGUAGGGACACAGAAGAUGCAUUAUCCCGUUCUUUCUCUCAUGUUUAUAUACGAAGUGGCGAGAACACACACUUCGAAAACAACGUAUCAGAGAACACGCAAACGGAACUGAGUGAAAAAGCCCCUACAUCUCCUGAAUUCUUAUCAGAUAACUUGAAAUUGGCUCGAGGUGUCUCUCCUCAGUCUGUAGAUGCUACUCUACAAUCUGGCAUUUUUCGAACUAAAAAAGCUCCUAGAUUCCUCGUUCGUGCAGCACUACCUAAGAAGGAUCCCGAAACUUCAGGAAAUGAAAAAUACUCUAUUGGAUAUAAAUCUAAAGCAGAAAAGCAUUGCAAGACACCUAAAAUAAGUACACCACCUGCAGGUAAUUGUACUUCCUCUGCAGGUGCUUUAACUCCUGCACCAGAGUUUGUGAAUGUUUUAACACCAUCUACACCAGAGGCUAAUAAUGUGAAUGUUUCUACAUGGCAAGCUGCUGUUUCUACACCACCUGGUAUUACGGUACAACUGAAUGUUCCACAAUAUACAGAUACAGAUAGUUAUGUGACAGCUGCAUAUACGUCCCCAUCGCCAUGCAUUCCUGCACAACCAACAGAAGUAUCUAUAACAUCGGUAGAUGCUAACAAAUCACCAAUACAAGCAUCUGAGCCGUCUUUACAAGCUCAGGAUUCACCUGUAAAUCUUUGCAAUGGACUUGCAAAUAACCCCAGUCCAUCUCAGGUGGUUCAUAAACUACCUCAAAUGCCCAAGUUAGUGCCUAUCCGACGUGUGAGGCGUAAAAAACGUGUUCCUGAGAGUCCUUCCCCCGAAGACUUCGUAAGUAUUCGCAAUUCGCCUGAAGAAGAGGAAAAAACACAAAAUUAUCAUUCGGAAGUUUAUGCCGCAGGUGUACGAGGAAUGGACACGAUUCAACACGAACAAAUUUUGCAAAGAAUUGAUUUCACAACAAGAAUGCAGGAACGUUCAGAUGCACCAGACAGACAAUCGAUAGGAGGUAUUUUCCACAAAAAAACUUCGCAAGAUGAUUGCUCAGUAAUUGAACAGCUUACUCCCAGUUCACUAGACAAAACCGAGUUGGAAACUUUAGACAUGAACUUAACGAAAGAUGAACGACCUGUUAGAUGCACGCCAGACAACCAUGCGACGAGGCAAGAGAUAGAAAGUAGUUGCCACAAGAAAACGCUGCAGGUUUACUGUUCAUCAACAGGUGUCCAGCCUGCUCCGAGUGCACCAGACGGAGCCGAAUCUGAACCAAGUCAUCACGAGCAAAUUGUGCAAAGAUAUGCAACAAAUGCUCAGGAUGCUUCAGACACGUUAGGCAGACAGGAGAUAAACACUAGCUACCACAGGAAGACUUCGCAGAAUUCAUUUCCAUCAAAUAGUUUUCAGCUUCAUCCAAACGCAAAAGAUAGAAACAAUGUGCUAACUGAUUAUCUUAUGCAAGCUUUCAUUGUCAGUGAUUCAACAAGUAAUCAACCUGUUCCACGCGCACCGCACAAACAUGAGUCUGAAACUAGUCAUCUCAAACAACAAAUGGUAUAUAACCUAGAAUUCUUCAUGAAUGCUGACCAGUUCCCAAACGCCGGUGAGAUACCCAAACUUGAGACGUCGGUGCAGUGCCUUACAUGUUACGAGACUGUGGAAGGCGAGGAUGCCUUGAACCACAUGUUCUUCGGUCAGUUGAAAUGCGAAAAGUGCGACAAGAUCAUCGCCAGCUGCAAGGACCUGCAAAGCACCCUCAGCUCCGACGAGAGGUGCACGACAAACUCGAGAAGACGACAUCGCUUCACCGGCUGGAACGUCUCGCCCAUAGACUUCCUCUGCUACAGAUUACGCAAACGGACGACGGAAAAUGAUGGAUCGGGAGUUCCGACGUUCCAAUCCACGCUGGAGGCUAUGGAGAGGUACCUCGAGAUCCUGUCGCCGCUGAAGAACAUAAAACUAUGGAAACCGGCGCUGAAGAAAUGCCAGGCUUUCACGACAAUGAUGCUAGCGUCAUCGCGCCACCAGGGAGACCGGAAGAAGAGGCAGAGCAGCCAAAACACGAACGAGAAGAAACAAAAGACGAAAUAAAACCGAAAAUUUAGAGGUGAUAUAAAACCAUGUUGUGAAAAUAACAAAGGACAGUGAAUCUGCUAGAAACAAAAGCCACUAUAAAACAGUGUUUUACAGUUUAAAAAAGAAGUUAAAGUUUAAAUAAACCAAUGGCAAAAAGUGAAGACUACAGAACAAUGCCAGUGGUUUAAUUAAAACCAGAAAUGCAAAUAUUGUGAAUAAUAAUAAAACAAUGGUGCUAUUUUCACAUUUGUUGUACAAAACAAAAUGUUGUAUUUUUUGUAAGAUUUCUUAAUAAAUCUGUAAACAAUUAA